GCGGCGGUGCAAAGUGUUAGGGAAUCCAGUGUACCUUGGAGGACACGAAAGGGGGAGGCGAACGCGUUUUGUUUUGGAGACCUUACGGGAUACACACAGCACGCGCACCGAUGGAGAGAAAGGACCAUUAGCCAUUGUCGUGGGGAAAUACGCAGAAGCAGUAUUCCAUGUCUCUUCUCUGCCCUGUUAUUGAUGGGAAACCAACUGGACCGGAUCACCCACCUGAACUACAGCGAGCUACCCACCGGGGAUCCAUCGGGCAUCGAGAAGGACGAGUUGCGUGUUGGCGUGGCGUAUUUCUUUUCCGAUGAGGAGGAAGAGCUGGACGAUCGAUCGCAGUCGGACAGCUUUAAAGACAACAACAGCCCGAGCAAAGACGGCCCGGUUGCGCUCAAUGAGGUCGAGUACUCGGCGUUCUGCUGCCAGGAAUGUAUAUACUCCAAACUGCGAGAGAACGAGGACCUGAAGGUUUAUUCGGUGAAAACUUUAUUGACCAUGUGCAAACCCGGGGAUCUACUGGAGUUAGUGGCCAACGCACAACCCCCGCACUGGGUGAUCUUUGAACGGGAGGACCAGGUUAUUCACCUCUACAAGGGGGAGAUCCGCAAGGACAGCUUGUUUGAGAUCAGCUGCGGUCGGCAGGGCAGGAUAGUGAACAAUAGGUAUCGCUACCGACCGCUGCCGGCUGAUUUGGUGAUGCAGAACGCGAGCGGGCACGUGGGGCUCACUAGCAGCGAGAUUUGCUGGACGAACUCCGAAAGUUUCGCCGCCUGGUGCCGUUUCGGCAAGCGGGAGUUUAAAGCGGGCGGGGAGGCGCACUCGGUCGAGCAGCGCUAUUUUCUGAAAGUGCACCUGUCCGAGAGCACCGCGCACACGCUCAUGUUCCGCAGCCUGGAGGAAAUGAUACGCGAGAGACGGCGCGUGGACGCCAGUGGCAUUCUGAAGGAGCUGUCGCUGGUGACCGGGAAGGAAUGAGCGCUUGGGACUAUGCAUGCCUUGGGCAAGGGCUGCUUACCUUUAUUUCAGGACUUUGGGAGGAUUGUGCGUAUUUGUGUUAACAUGUUUUGGCAAAGACAACGCCCCUUUUGAUUGUGCUGUGAGAUCCAAUGGCCCCACUAAAGUCACCCUGUACCUUUUAAAAAGGGGGGGGAAAGAUAAAACGAUGUGAAAAAAGGUGAGCCCUCAUCACAGAUCGCCCAUGAACCGAUACAUCCCCCUCAAAUUCGCGCCCGAGCCCUGCUGCGGCAGAUGGUGACCACGAUGCGUUCAUAUGUCUGUGGCAAGCCGUUUUGACACUUAUUACUUAAGACUAACUAGCAUUUGUUUUUGUUAGUAAUCCUCAUUAUUCACCAGUAACCAUUCAAACGGUUUCUAGUAUAUAUCUCGAGUUGUUCUAGCAACAUUUGAAUAGUUACUAGUAUUGUAUAUUCCAGUUGUUACCAGUAACAUUUUAAUCGUACUAGUAAGACGUCAGUUUCAUUAAAUGUGCCAAAAACAAAUGUUACUGGUGAGCUGAAGAAUGUUACUUGUAACAGCUGAGAUCAAUUGGUACUAGUAAACUAAAGAUGGAUACUAGUACCUAAUUUAAUUGUUACUAGUCAAAGUUUAAUAGUUUAUAACUAAACCACAGAUCCAAAAUCGUACCAUGAAAUAGUUACUUGUCAUUAUUACAAUGUGACUAAGUACUAUUUGAAUAAACAAUUUGGGCACUAGUAAAUUCGAAAAAGACCUGUUGUUGUUAUUGGACUAAUUCUAAUUUAAAUAUGUAUUAGUAAUCUAAAAGUGUAUAAUAGUAAGUUUAAAGGAAUAAAACGGCUUGCCACAUGUCUCUUAUUUGACUCCACUCCAGAGCUUUAAUAUUAAACGUGGAGCUCCUUUUAUUGCGCAUCUGUCCAGCUGCAAUAGUUUCUCUAAAACCCCUACAGGCGACAACACACAAGCCUUUGUUUUCAUUGUUACCAACAAACGCAGCAAACCUUGUUUUUGGAGUCCAUAUUUUUGUAUUUCCGUUAGUGCGUUAAAUUUGUUUUUCUUUAAAUAAACGUAAAUUGCCAUAUGAAAAUCCCGUUGGUCUCUAGCUCUUUCAUACUGUUUUGCCUGCAUACAAAUGCAAGAAGCAAGCACGUGCUGGCUGAGGUAGUCUCACACGAGUGCCUAAUCAAUGCAUUAUAAUUCACACAUUAACCUUCUGUAGUGUUCACAGUAUCAACUAUCCCCUCAUCUGAUUUUUGAUGGAUUUAUUUCCGUCCAGCAGGGCAGUCGUUUGUUAUCAUUGCUGCAUUAGUAUGCCUUAUGGGCAGCUGUUGAUGCAUGGAGACACUUGUCCUUUUGUUCCAGCUUAUGGUUGAUGAUCAUCGGCGUGUUUCUAAUCUUGACUCAUAGGAGAUGCUUCAAUCCCGCCUCCAAAUAUAUGAUUCUAUAUUCUAUUUGUUACUUAAAUUAUACAGAUCCAGUUUAUGUCUGCUCUGCUUGUGGUCCAGAAGUCAUACAUCCAAAUUAACUGCAAUCUCCAUUUUUGGCUGCAAGAAUUGCAUUAAGGGUGAGCUGUGUGUUUUGUGUGUGUGUGUGUGUCUGUGCACAUGGCCACAGUCUAGCACCAGUAACUAUGGUCAUGCUCUGUUUGUUUUCCUAUUAGAGGUUGUAGGCUGCAGCUGGGAUCAUUUAUGCUUUAUGUUCAGUGUUGCUUGAUUGGCCGGCUGGACCCUUUACAGAGCUUGUGCUGGCCAACACUAACAAGUCAUUCUUAAAAUUAGUUUGUGCCUGAAGCAAUGCUAAAGUUUUUUUUUUUUUUUCUUCAGGUUUACUUUUGUGCUGCAGCUUAUGAGUUUGUCAAGCACAUUGUAACAGAAUGAGUUGUGCGUUCAUGGAUUUACACACUGUAGACAGAAUAAUUUCUGCCUUUUGUUAAUAAUCUAGUGUAAUAUUUAGUAGGCUAGUUCCUGUAGUGUGCAUUCAACACAUUUGUAUUAAUUUCACACACACUCCUUACUGCUUAUUCUUUGUAUGGCUGUUACAGGUCACACUGUCAAUCAUUACUCUUCAUACACAACACGUGUCAGGUGUGUCCGUUUUAACCGUUAAUAUGGAAAGUGGGGUGAUUGUGAGAAUGAAUGAAAACAAGUGGGACAGGUUUCUAAAGGCUUGGGAAAGAUUGCUCACCAGCCGUCAGAUGAGUUCAUUGUUGCUUUUACAGACUUGGGCAAAUUCACCAAAUGACUGCAACAAAUUUUGCAUCCCAAAAACAAGUUUAACAGAUGAUUAAGGUGAAAUAGUGUUGCAUUCAAUGAAUUAACCUUCUUUUAAGCAAAUUAACUCUAUUUUCACAGAAAAGAGGUAAAUUGUCACUUGUCUGGCAUAAUAAAUAAUGUGCUUUUACUGCCCAUGGAAAGCAGGCAUUCAAUUGUUAUUAAAAACAAAUGGUUAUUUACAUUUCUUUUGAUUAUGGUUGAAGUUCUUAAUCAAAUUACAGAGAAAAACAUUAUAACCACAUACUUGAAUAAAUCUCACAUAUAUUGGUGGAACAAUGCUGUACAAUCAAAGUAUGUCAGAUCUUGGUAUUUUGAAGCAUUUUCCACCACCUAAAACUGACCUGCAAGCCUUGUUAGUAUGUACUUUGACACUGUACUGGCAAGUACGGUUGAGAAAUACCAGACAUUAACACUCACACAAUCAUUUGGCCCAGAACAUGUAAUCACCAUUGUUUCUCCAGUCUUGUCUCCACCACAUUGUUAUUCUCCAAUCCCAGCAGCCCCAGUAACCCACUUUUCUUCUAGGCGGUUUGGGGUAUCCCCUUCCUUGACAUUACCCCACCCCCGCCUCAUUUCUCCAUUCUCUGAGCCUGACAAUCUGUCACCUGCUUUUUUUUUCUGAUGCUGGAAAUUUAGGAUAGUGGGGCAGCGGGCUAUAAGUGGAGAAUGAGGACAGGAGUGAAGAAGAGAUGGGCUGAGGGAGUAGAUAUAGCCAACAUGAGCUGAACAGAAUAUCUUUAGCCUGACACAAAGUCUGCCUCUCAGUGAUAAACCAUAUGUGUGCCGUCCUGUUUGUGUGUUUCUGUCACACUUCGUAACCUGUUACUGGGGAAACCUCAGCCAGUUAUUUAGCUUGUGUCUACUGAAUAUUGUUUUACUUGAAGCCUGAAGAGAUUUCCAUGUCAGUUAAAUUUCCCAGCCAUUUUAAAGAAUUGGUCUUGAUCAUCCAGAAUUGCUGAAAUGAAGUUGCACUGAGAAGAUACUAUGCUUUGUUUUGGACAUAAUAUCCUGGUCCAAGGGUGUCACUCAGUGAACUACCUACUACUAACUACUACUUGAUGAAUCCUUAUUUGUCAAUGGGAUUGAUGUAUACCAACUUGAGUAUAUUUUUUUCUGAUAAUAAAUGAAGUCUUGUAUGUUUUC